AAAAAACAGUGUACAUUUCUCCUCCUAUUUUGCCUUUUUUGGUGUCAGCUUCCACCACAGAUAGAGCGCACUUCCUGUUUUAGGCUCAGCUUUUUAGUUCGACCCUUCUGAACUUGUUAAAGCCCACCCACAUACACCCACUCAAAACUGCAUGAAGUAGACACAAUAAACACAAACAUGAGCUGAGCUUAAAUCAGGAUUGGAAGCACAACUCCUCAGUCAAUGAUGACUCAGCAUUGCAUAUGGGAGAUAUUUCUCUUUAGCUUGUGGAUGCAUUUUGACUUGAUGCCCUUCUUGCACUGCAAUGCUGACAUUGAGCAUAAUUUGUCAAAGCAAGAUGUUUUGCUCAUACAAGAUGAAGAAGAUCCAAAGUGUUUCACUCGAACAAUGACUGAUUUCACCUGCUUCUUUGAGACCACAGACAACGGGACGUAUGAUUUUCUCUAUAAUAUUGAAUGGGACCCAAGUAAGAAGUGUAAAAUGUCUACCGAUGGAACAGAAAACGGAACUUUCCUACAUGUCUGUUCGUUUCCACGGUGGGAUAUCUUUACAUACGUUGGGACGGAAGUGAAAGUGGUGGAUCAGACCAAAAACAUCAUUUUGUAUAAGCGGACAGUCUAUGUGGAGGAUCUUUGUCUUCUGGAUCCCCCCUCCAUUGUCUCCCUACAGCCAGGAGACACUGUGGGAAAAAUGCUUAUUUCUCUGGACACAAAUUUAAAACACAUAUGGAAAGAGAAAUAUAGAAUUUGCUAUUCUUCCAAGACACUUGGGGAAAAAACAGUAGAGGGAAAAGACAGUAGCGUUCUGCUCUCACUGGAACCAGGUGAGGAGGUUGAGUUUCAGGCUUCUGUGAAAUGUGAAAAUGGACCAGACGCACAUCCUGGAUACUGGAGUGCCUGGUCGAAACCUGUGCGAGCAAUAGUUCCCCAAAGUGCAGAUGAUAUUUCCCUGGUAUGCUUCACCUCUGACCUGCAACGUGUUACCUGUCAUUGGAAUAGCACCAAAUAUGGUGCAGAAAAUGAUUACAAGCUCUUCUAUAACUCUAGUCAACCUUCGAACUGGAUGGAGUGUCAGGAUGAUGGAAAUCUUUCUGACACCUGUUCUUUUCAUGGAGAUAAGUCUGGAGCAAUGAAGGUCAAGCUCAGCAGCACUGCAGCUCCACUCAAACGACUGUUCUUCAGCAAAGAGAUUGAGCUGAAAAAGUCCAUUAAAAGUGGCCCACCAAGUCAUCUGAAAGGAGAACUGAUUAACGACAAGUUGUGCUUGGAGUGGGAAGCUCCUCUCCCGUCUCUGCUAAACCACAUGGUGUUUGAGGUUGAUGUUCAGAUCAAAGCAGUCGAAGACUUCAGGAUAACAAAACAGCGAAACACCAGCAUGUGUGUACGUCUUUCAUCAGGAGGCCAGUUCAGUGUAAAAGUUAGAGCUAAACCUGAUGGGUCGAUUUAUUCAGGACACUGGAGUGACUGGUCAGAUGUCCUCUUAGGUACUACUACUGAUAAUACAGACAUGCAGCUCGUGUGGUGUUUCUAUAUUUCCAUCCUGGUCAUAACUAUCAGCUUCAUCACAACCAUUUUACUUUGUCGCAGGAAGCUCAAGCUGUUUUUUUGGCCACCAGUGCCCAACCUUGAAAAGGUUCUGCAGGGCUUCCUGACAGACAUCAACCAGCAGAAAUGGGACCCUCCAGUCACAUCGAAGCUGUAUUUUGAAGAAACAACCUCCUCUGUAGUGGAAAUCAUGUCUGCUGAGCUUCCAGUACUCAACAAGCCUACUGAAGAAUUUGACUUCCUCUCCUCUGAUGGAAGCUUUUCCAUUGAGGAUCAGGCAGAUGGAAGUUCUGGGAGCGAAACCCUCAGAGACUAUGUAACUCUGAAGAAAGAUCUCUCCAUUCACUGCCUUAAGGAAAACUGUUAUGUUUAUGAGCAGUUUAAAGAUGGAAAAGAUCCUGAAGAAGGAGAUAAACUUUAUACUACAUGCUGCUGUCUUAAGCCUUGCUCGUGCAACAACUAUUUUAACCAUUCUUACCUACCUUUGUCUCAGUCUACAGACAGCUUGAGUAAAAAUAUUAAUGUCAGAGACGAUGAAAGUAACCUCUAUACUAACCUUUCCCUCGACUAAACAUGCAACACAAGUGUGCUUCCAACUUAAGUUUUCUGUACUGAAGCGAUCAAUUCACAUAGAGCAUUAACAGAUACUGGUUUCACCAAAGCAUAGUUAGCAAGUUUUGAACAAAUCAUCUUGCUGGUCUGUCCUGUUAUAUUUUCAGUAAAAUCUACAUUUGAAAAACAA